AGUGCAUGAUACAGGUUACGCCAUAGGUAGUAGGUUAAAUACUUAUGUAACUCGAUUGAGCAAUAGCAGACUGUGCGCCUAUGGGUCACGAGACAUUUUCCAAGUGUAUACAAAAACAACAAUUGAAACACCUGCAAGGUGCCUGGGGGGUUGUUUCUAAAUCGGGAUGUAGCAUAAUGCUAAAAAUGCCUAUUGCCUAUUGGAGCAACAGAAAUCUGUGUAUGCUGUAUGAAUAGUGAAUCCUCAGAGGCCUGAGGCGAAGGUGGAGGGAGAGGGUCGUCCCUGCCGCUGCUCUCUGGGCUGUAACAGUUCACCCAGGGUCAUGUGAUGUGGCUUGGCUUCUGUGAAAAUCCAGGUUGAGUUGAGAAGGAGCAGACCACAGAGUCAAUGAAACCACGUGACCUCUGACAAAGAGACGGCUGCAUAUGGUUGAAACACACACACACACACACACACACCACACAGGUGCAGACACAUUCACCCAACGCGCACAUACACACACACACACACACACACACACACACAAUGAUAGGCAAAAUAUGACAUUCAGUUAACCCACAAGAGUCAAUGGAGCUCAAAAACCUGUUGUGUACAUGUCUGUAAAGAAUGUCAAUGUCAUUUCUCUCAGUCUGAUCUGAGUAUGUUUGACUGGACGGUGAAUUUAAAUAAGAACGGCUGCUGCUUACAGUGAAGAAAAUGACUGGUCCUAAGAUGAGUGUAAUGUAGUCAUAUCACUCUGAAGUUACCUUAUUAUCAAAGCAACUGAGCGAGAGAGAGACAGACGGACAUAAGAGAGUCUUAAGAUUGUUUUGGAACCUAAUAUCACCGUUUUUGAUGAAAAAAUAGAGACAGACAAACAGCAGUGGAAAGAAAGAGGGAGGAAGAUGGGCAAGUUUAGGGUUUUAAGCGGCACAGUGGCUCAGAGUGAACUAGGGGGGUCGUCAUAGAGAGAGAGAUAGGAAUCUUGAAAUGGCAGUUUACCUUAUGACUCAUCUUUUGAAUAAUACUCUGACACACUGUGAUAACCAGUUCAGUCACACAGUCAGAGGGUCCAGAGUCACAUCUAUCUCAUUCUCUCUGAGACACGAUGCAUCUCUUCUGGUGGAUCACCCACAUCUUUCUAUCCCUACCUUCUCUCCUCUCUCUUGUCCAAUCCCUCACAUGCAACGAGAAACAGUAUGCUUGGCCACUGCAUGUAAGCCAAUGGUGCUGCGACAAGUGUCCACCAGGUCAGCAUAUGGUGGGACGCUGCACCGGUCAGAACAGCCCGACCCAGUGUACUAACUGCACCAGCGGCUACUACUCAGACAGCUACAACUUCAACAUAGGCUGCAAAUCCUGCGAUGGCUGCAGCAUGAGUGAGCUGCAGUAUGUAUCUCGCUGUUCCACCAAGCAGAAUGAUGUGUGCAGCUGUAAACCAGGCUACCGCUGCAGAGGCAGUGGCACCUGUCUGGACUGUGAGGAGAUCCCCAGCCCGAACACACCCAAACUCAUACCGACACCUCCCAUCAUGCCAGCUACAGUGUCAAACCACUUGGUUGCAGCUAUCCAUAAUCAUAGACCUAAACCUGUCACCAAGCAUGGUACUGGGCCCAUCACAAAUCCAAACCAAGCCCUGACCCCUCUCUCCACUCCUCCCGCUCUCUCAUACACACACAAACAGAUGAUAGCAAGUGGCUCCCGGUGUGUGUGUCUGCAGUGUGUGUGUGUCUACUGCUCACCUGCCUUGUUGCCAUCUCAAAGCUCAAACCUGUUCUACGAUGGAUUGGUUCAACAAACAGCUUCUGGUCUUCCAAAAAGACUACUCCAGCGAAUCAGAGCACAGCGGAAGAGGAAGUGCCCAUGCCGGUCCAGGAAGUGUGUGGAAAGCCAGAGCUGCUACUGGACGUAUGAUGGAGGAAGUGGGUGUCGAAGGAGAGGAUGAGAACUCCCAAGCGAGCUGGGAGACCCGGGAGACACACAGACUAUCUCACAUUCCCAUUGAAGUGAAACUAACCUGAAGGCUAGACAGGCUGCUGUAUUGGUUUAAUGCAGUGGCUUCUGUAUCUAGGACUUUCAGAAAGGACAAGAAAAUAGGACAAAAAGACACUUUGUAGUAUGAAGAUACAGGCUAAAGAUGAGAGAGGGAGUGGGAGUCUGUGACCGAGAAAGAGCUGAGAGAGUGAGAAAUGAAGAGUGAACAAGAGACACAGAGAGAGACAGACAGACAGACACACACACACACACACACACACACAAACAUUUGUGUGCUGAAUACAUGUACUGUACAUGUUUAUGUUGAAGAUGUUUUACACCUUCAUUACAAUUCUGAUUUUUGCUGUAUCUAUGCUUUAUGCCAAUGUUUACUCUUACACAGUAGUGGCUGUUUAAAACAUACAGUGCUGUAUUUUAAAUAAAGAACAGAAUCACAAAUGUUACAGGCCUACUGUAAUGUC